AUGGAAGCCGAAUACACCCUCCCGCCGGUUCCUGCCAAGCAUUCCGAAUUCCUUCGUUAUUUCCAGGCAAACAAUAGCACACCAGUCGUCGAUCUUGUCAAGCCAUAUAACCAGUAUGAUGCGGUCCUGCGCAAGAUCUACGCGCAACAGCCAUCCCACCCGGCCGCUGCAGAAAACCUCGCCAAUAUUGUCCCACUCUUUGAUGACAAUGGAUCGGCAAAUGUCCAGAUUCGAGCUCGUGACCCGAGCUCUGAGUCAGAAGAGGUGCAAUCAAAGUAUCUCAUGUCUCUGAAGCACGAGGAUCGCAGGGCAAAUGGCUCGCCAGCGGUUGUGACUACUUUCAAGGAAUUCCAAAAGAAUUUCAAUAUCUUCUGCGAAGGCUCAUUGGCAGAUCUGGAUUGGAGUAAUGUUGUAGCUGCGGGCAGUGCCGUGAUAACAUCCCUCCUACCUGUUCCAAAAGAAUAUGCGCAUUCGAAGCGUGGACUUCGGCAGUUCUAUCACGAGAAAUUUACCCCAGCAUCUGAUGUUGAUCUCUUCCUGUACGGAUUGACCGAAGAGCAAGCCAUUGAGAAGAUUAAACAAAUUGAGACCAAGAUAAAAGAUUCAAUUUUGACAGAGACAACCACUGUUAGGACUAAAAACGCCAUCACUAUUGCGUCACAGUAUCCGACACGCCAUGUCCAAAUUGUGCUCCGCAUUUACAAGUCUAUUGCCGAGAUCCUGACUGGCUUUGAUGUCGAUUGCUCAUGUGCAGCUUAUGAUGGUCAUCAAGUAUAUCUGGCUCCCCGGGCAGUCGGGGCCUUUGUGACUCAAGUAAAUCAAAUCGAUCUGACCAGAAGAUCACCGUCAUAUGAGAAUCGACUUUCAAAGUAUUCUCACAGAGGCUUCGAAAUAUUCUGGCCACAUCUGGAUCGCUCGCGUAUUGAUCCUACGGUUUUCGAGCGAAGUUUUACUCGUACCAAGGGUCUCGCAAGGCUUCUAGUUCUUGAAAAGCUUCCUCGGCCAGUCGAUCGAGACCAAUAUUUGAGUCAGAGGCGGGCCGAACGCGGUAGGCCCCCCGCUAACAUGCAUGCACGAAGGUCUAGUAAGCUCAACGGAAAUAUCAAGAAUGACUGGGAUGACGAAGUUCCAGACUGGCUGGAAGAAGAUGAAGUGUCGGAUUAUCACACUUUUACAAUUCCAUACGGUGUAAAGUUCCAUGCUCGGAAAAUUGAAAAGUUGCUUUAUACCAAAGAUUUGCUCCUGAAUGCCGAAUGGAAUAAACCAAAAGACAGGACAGUCAAUUUGCAUAGGCAUCCGGCAUUCUUUGGCCAUUUUGAAGAUGUGAUUCAUGAUUGUUGCGGUUAUUGCCCUACGACUGCCACUCAAGAAGAAAAAGACGUGGCAGAGGAGGAAGACAAAAUAUAUGUCAAAGGAGACUUAUUCUUUCUCAAGGACAACCCCGGGCGUCAGGAGAUUGGUAGUUUCAAUCCUAUCACUGACACCGAUUGGACAGAAAUGGCAUAUGUGGGAAACACAGAGAGCUUUUGCCAGGCUAUUAUUGACCAGGACAUUGAUCGCGUGCGGGAGUGGCUGUCGCACGAAGAAUCGGAUCCAAACCGUCGUGAUUACACUGGACGUGCCCCACUUCAUUUGGCAGUCAUGAGCUCUACUCCGGAAAUUGUUCAAUGUCUGGUAGAUCAUGGGGCUAGAUUAAUUUCCCGUCUCGCAGAUGGAAGGACUGCUCUGCAUCUGGCCGCGGGCAGAGGCGAUGUUGAGAUCAUAAGAAUACUUCUCACCAAGAGUGCAGAAAACGAGGAAGAAGAGGCGAAGAAGGAAUCCCGCAUAAAUGGAAUCCGUGUGCAUGAGACUAAAAAUGAGAAUUCGGAUCACAGUAACGAAGAUAUCGACCGCGACGGCGAUGAAGACAGUGAUGUCAGUGAUGCGGAGAUUGCUAGCAAUGCUUCUGAUGAUUCUCAUGCGGAUGAUACCUCAUAUGCCACGGGCUCAUUUGUAAAUGUCAAAAAGAAUGCAGAAAACGCCAAAACCGACGGAAUGCCGGACGACGCGAAUGAUCUUGAGCCUGACAUUUAUGACAUUAACGUUCUAGCGUGGGAUAGCCGUGCAUCCCCGCUGCAUCUCGCUAUUAUCAAUGGCCAUAUCGCUGCCGUCGAAGAGCUAGUCUCAUCUUUUGGGGCUGACGUGCUUUUACCAAUAAAGUUAUUACAUGAUUAUGAUCAUACUCCACGAGCCGCCAUUCUCACAUUGGUUCUGGCUCUAAGAUUGCCUAUUGACCAAGCUAAGUUGAUGACUGAGAAACUUCUGCAGCUGGGUGCAUCCCCGGCCCAAGGAGAUUUGAAGCAAAAGACCGCUUUACACUAUGUCUCGGCAUUUGAGGAAUAUAGUGAAAUUUGGGAUAUUUUCGUGAAACACGACCGUCCUGCUGUUCAAAGAGCUUUGGAUUGCGUUUCUGUCACUGGCUAUGCAUAUUCACCUACAAUAGACUCUGCUUUGACGGUUGCGAUCAAAGAAAAGAAUGUUAUCGGCGCAUUGAAGCUCUUGAACUCCGAAGCAAUCCCAGAAAUUCGAUUUGAAGAUUACAUAAAAUCGGCUCAGUCAAUAAGGGAGAAUUUGCGUCAUCAGUCAUCAGAAAACAACGAAACCCAUUUCUUAAGCAAUGUCAAUCAGCCUGUGAUCUCUGCUGUGUAUAGAGAGGAGCCAGUUAUUGUUCUUGAGCUAUUGAAUCGUGGCGUCGAUCCAAACACACUUAGCAAGGACGGACAUAGUGUUCUUAAAUCUCGCUACUCCAUAGGGAAUGCAACGUCUUUGCUGGACUGCGUUCGAGAUAAAUUGGACACUCUUCGUGGGUACAAGGCGGAGCCCAUCCAAAGAAACCUACCACAUCCCCUGGAGCUAGAUGAUAGUUCAUACUUAAAUGGUCUCAAGGAGGGUACAUAUCAAAUGUGGAGCGCAAGAAAGGCCUUAGCAAAACAAAGAGAAAUAUAUAAGCGCGACAAGGAUCUCUACGACCAAGACCCAAAGAACCCAAAAAAUCGAAAAGGUUUGGAAGAAAAGAAAGCUGCAGUGGCAGCACUCAUCACUGAAUUCGAAAAUAUUGAAGCGGUGUUGAUAAGAAAGGGUGCGAAGAAAUUUGUCGAACUCUAUCCGGAACAGCCUUUGCAAACGAAAAACCCGCAUAACCCCUAUCAGUCUCCAAUCCCUGGCCCUUUCAAAACCAGCUUCUCAUUCAACAUCCCCGAUCUAACUCCAGUUAAGAGAUAUCGUUAUAUCAAACUAUUUGAAGCUGCAUGGGACGGAAAUCUGGACAGUAUCAAAGAAAUGACUAUUGGGAUGUGGGGGCCGGAGAAACAAUGGCCACCUUUAGAAAUUGGUAUAACUGACACAAACGAUCUUUCUCCAUUCACGAUUGCAAUUCUACGAGGACAUUUCCGUAUUACAGAGCCCAUUCUAGCUAUUGCACAAGCUCAGUACAAGCCGCAGAAAGAUGAAAGAGAAAAGAAGUACGAUUUACGAACUUCUGACGAUGAAUGUUCCGAUUACGAUUCGGAGAAUGAACAAACCGACGAUGAUGCUUCUAAUGACAUACGAAUUAAGCAUCAUAUAAUCGAUGAUCAGUUUACUAUCGAUAAUGUGGGUGAAAUCAAAACUGAAGUUGAAACUAGCAUCUCGCCAUUGGAUAUAUUUCGCAAGCAAUGUGCAACAGGUUCAUUUCUCAAAAGCCAGAUACUCGGCACAGAGGAUCCUAGAGGUCUCAUCGAGUAUGCAAUCUGCAAGGAUGACCUGGAACUAUUGAAGUUUCUUCUAGAUCUUGGAAAAGAUUUGUCUUCCAAAUCGUCCGACGACCUAGAUAGCCUGAUGUCCUGCGUAUCGGAGAGCGCAUUUCAGAUGGCAAUGAGGCUUGGUCGUCUCAACUGUUUGAAGGAACUUAUUAGAUGUACUGGAACCGGUCUUCCGCUUGAUAAGCUUGUUGAAAAGAGUGGCACGGGCAUCAAGGAAAAGCCAAAGUUCUACCAAGGUCUAUCUGUCCAUGGAGAAAAACGCGCAGACUGGGCUGCUGCAGGUGGAGGUAUCCGAGUUAUGCAACCAAAAGAUCGACAUCCACCAUUGCUGUUGGCUGCUCAUGAGGGUAACCUAGAAACUGUUGAGUGGUUCCUUGGAACAGCUCCUAGCCGAUAUUAUGCAGAAUUCGCCAAGAGAUACAAGCAUGACAAACGUCUGAAAGGACUUGCACAGGCAAAGGGUGGAAUCGAGCUUUCUAUAGAAACGUGGCUUAGCGCAAGACGCGAUCUUACCCUUCAUUGUGCUGUCAUGUCAAAAGAAAGACCUGAAUCGAUACGACUGGUCGAAUAUUUGGUGAAUUAUUUCCCACAGUAUCUUUUAGUUAAAUCUUUGGAUGGGUACACCCCAUUGGCACUCGCAUUCAGUCAAGGAAAGGUUGAAUUCGCUAAGAUACUUAUUAAUGCGGGCGCUGAUCAGACUACUCGAGAUAAAUCUGGACGCAAUCUUCUCCACCUUCUAUUCCAAAAUUUGGUCAUAGCCUCACAAAAGGACCUGGAUAAUUUUCAGAAUAUGCUGGAUCUCGUGGAUCCCUUACUUUUGUCAUCAAUGCUAAUCGAACGCUGUUCUGUGGUGCCGGGUUCAUUGACGCCUCUUGCCUUGUGGAUGGGAAUUCAUUGGUCACCCCAAGACACUCAUACGUUGCGGGUGAGACGUUUUCAGAAUCAAGAACCCAAAUUUGUAAUCAGCACUCUCCGGAAGAUUCUUGAGUUUGCAGAGAGGACAGGCCAAAAACAUCUCGAGGUACUUAAUGGUGCUGGAAAUACUGUGGUUCAUGAUGCAGUGCGGUGUGGACUAACUGAGAGUCUUCAAAUUCUGCUUGAUCAUCGCCCGGAUCUGCUUCAUCGUGAGAAUUCAACUGGUUGUACUCCAUGUGAACUUGCGGAGGUCGCGUGGAUUUCUGAAGCUACCUCGAAUCCUCCAGAGAGGUUUGAUUCGGAAAGCAGAUAUGCCUGGGGUUUUCACCAAGAACAAAGUAAUUCAGACAUUGUUUCUCGAGAGCCCGAAACUUUUGUUGAGAACAAUGGAGAGCAUAAGAAGCAACAUUCUCAGAUUGAGGCUGUAUACCGCAUUUGUUGCUCUCGGGCUCAAAAUGAUGGCAACAGCAAGAUAAGAAAGCUUGUUACGUUGUUUGACGCCAACGAAGUUGCCAAAAGACUGGCCACAAGGAAAGUGUUGGAUAACACUGGGGAUAGGGAAGCUAGGAAGGUAGUUCAACAGGAAAUGGAUGAAGUCCGAGCUUGGCUACGUCUUCGAAACUCACAGUGA